CUGCAUGAUUUUGAAGCAGCACAGGUCAUAAUAAGGUUAAAUGCCUCCCAAAAGGGCACGGCUUACUCUAAUACCAAAAUGCUGCGCGCUACUUUUGACAUUGCUAAAAUCUUUGACAGCUUGGCAAAACUUCCUCGGGUUUGAUAUGUACCUCGCGUUGAAUCCGCCCGAGCUGUGUCUGUGUUUCUAUUCCUGUCACCAUGGAGAUGAGGGCACAGAUAGGUGCCGUGGCUCGCAGACUACAGCAGCUGUAUUUACCAAUGAGUUCAUCUGCAGGGAUAGACACUAAAAAUCCUGCCAGACUCCCUCUGUGCAUGUGCGAGCGUUUAUCCGUGCAUCUGCUCUCUUGCCGGGUUGGUGUGUGUACGUUGGAUGAAUGUGUUUGGGUGAUACUCCCUCCCGGACGUGGAGGAAAGGGCAGCCGGACAAACACAAAGCCAACAGAGGUGGGACAUCACAGACAGAGACAGGAGGCUUUGGGACGGAACACGUUUCAGGGCCAAAGGAGGGGGUGGGGGUGCACAAGGCAGUUGUUAACCUUCGUAUCAUGGUGUCACAUGCCUGCCGCUGCAGACAGAGCAGAACAAAAACACAGAUGGAGAGACCUCGACUAAGGACACGCACUUGACUGUCUUUUCCACUCAACUCUGCUUUCUCUUCCCCUUCCCUCAUUUCCUGCUUCUUGCUGUCUGUUAUCCUGUUUUCCUACUAACGUCUGAUGUUCUUUUGUGCAGCUUGUCAGCUACAUCUUUUUUUGACAACACUUACAGCUGCUUUUCCUUUGUCUUUCUGCUUUUAAUGUUCCUUCCUCUUACUUCCUGCCAUUUCCUUCUCACCUUCCUGACUAAGCCUUUACUCUAACGUGCUACUAAUCCUCUUUUUGACUGUUUCUCAGAAGCUUUCUAUUCAAUCUAUUUCCUGCCUCCCUUCUCUCCGUGGCUCCUAUCUUUUGGAUGGAUAGCUACUUCCUCCUCUACAGUUCCUCCCAAAGAACCGGACUUCUCUCUGGUUUCCAGCGUCUGCGCUCGCAGAGAAAGAUGUGUGAUGUCGUUCUAGAGGCCGGCGGUGUAUCGUUCCCUUGUCAUCGCGCCCUUUUGGCCAGCUCGAGCGAAUAUUUUUGGGCUCUAUUUGGAGAGACUACUUCAGAGCGAUUAGCGAGCUCCAUUAGCCUCCCAGCGCUAACGUCUCAGGGUUUAGACACCAUUCUAGACUUCCUUUACUCCAGCUGGCUCAGCGUAUCACCAUCUACACUUCCUGCCGUCUUGGAGGCAGCCAGGUACUUGCAGGUGGAGCCGGCCGUGUCAAUAUGCGAGCGCUUUAUUACUGAUGGUUUAAGCGCUGAGAAUUGCUGUUGCUAUGCUAACCUGGCCGAGCAUCACGCCCUCUCAGAUGCACUUGAAGCUGCCAAUCAAACCAUCGCUAUGGAGAUGGGGACAUUGCUGCGGGAAAGCAGGGAUGACCUUCUAAGUCUGAACAUCCAAUCAUUGAUGGCGAUCCUCGACGCUGACGAGAUACCUGGUGUCCAAGAGGUGGAUCUCAUAAGGCUGGCUCUGGAUUGGCUGAAUGAGAAUGGGCCUCUUCCCCUGCUGAAAUCAAAUCUUCUGCUGAGUCGUCUGCGCUUCGGAUUGGUCGCCCCCUCUGACCUCACCAAACUCAGCCUCGCCCACAGAGCCAUGGCCACACCUUUAAUCAGAAGUCAGCUGACUCGGGCAAUGGAGUACCACAGGCUGGGUUCAACUCAGCCCAUCAGACAGACCAGACAGUCAACACUUAGAGCGUCGCCCAAUCGUGUGCUGCUUGUGGGUGGAGGAUCCAGCCCUGAUUGGCCAGAACAGCAGAUCCUGGCGUUUGAUCCCAGAAGCAGGAAGUUUUCAUCUCUGAGCUCCAGUCUCCCUCUGAGGCUGAGGAAUCACUGUGUGUGCUCGGUGGGAGGUUUUCUCUUCGUGAUUGGCGGAGAGGAAGUGAAAGAAGGAGACGAGGAUGGGAAAAAGUCUGUCACAAUUGCAACAUCCAACCAGGUGUGGCGCUACGAUCCUCGUUUUGACCGCUGGGAGAAGGUGGAGUCCAUGCUGGAGAUGCGGGCGCAGUUCACCUGCUGUGUGGUUGAGGAGGUCAUUUAUGCCAUCGGGGGACAACACACACUACCAGACACCAACGCACACACCUCCCUAGCUUCUGUUGAGUUUUAUGACAUGGCCACUGGAGCAUGGAGGAGAGGAGCAGCGAUGCCUCGCCCCUUAUGUGGCCACGCUUCCACUGUGCUCGAAAACUGCAUCUAUGUGUCCGGCGGUCUACCGAGCAAUCACAGCAGCAUCCAUGGCAGUAACCAUGGUGAUAACCCGGAUGAGCACAGAGAAAGCAGCAGAGACGUCCUGUUCUGGGACACCAAAGGCAGAGUCUGGGAGAGGCGAGCGUCCAUGUCCAUCGCCAGGUUCGGUCACCGCCUUGCAACUGUCCACGGCCACAUCUACGCGCUGCUGGGAAGGUACGAGCCUUUCUGCGAUAUCGAACAAUACGAUUCGAAGUCAGACCACUGGACCCGCCUUCGACCGCUUCUCAUUGGCUCCUUCAACUAUGGGAUGGUGUCAAUGCCUUGUGGGAAUCUGCUGGUAUUUGGAGGGAGAAGAUGGAGCGACGGACAGGAGGUGAUAGUGAGGAGUGUGUUGGAGUAUGAUACAAAGAAAGAUCGCUGGAGAGAGAUCUGUCAGCUGCCCAGACCUCUCACUGGGACUGAGUGCACACUGCUGCCCCUGCCAGACUAAAGUGCACAGGUCAUAAGACAUUUUUAACAUGAAAGUGAGACAGUUUCACUUAUAGGUGCAACAUAGUCUCAAAAUGGCAGAGCACAUGUUAAAAUGAUGGUGGGAUUAUAUCAUGAAUUGUACUCUCAGUUUUAAUGUGUUUGUCAUAUAAAAGAGGUUACUCAACAGUUUAGUUCAGGGAAACAAACUAUUGGGUUUCAGCCUCGAAACCACAGUUUCUAGUUUCUUAUUUCUGGAUAUUUACCUAGGAAAAUAUUUCAAAAGGGUGAAUUUAAAAUAAAAUACGUUUUCCUAACCUAAUCUAUUUAGUAUUUAAUGAAAUAGUUUGGGAAAUACACUUCUACCAGUUCUACCUAAGUUUGAUUAGAAGAGUGAUACCUCUCUGAUCCAUGUCUGUUCAAUAUAAAGUUAUUAACAGGAGAGUAUAAAGCACAUGACCUCCCUGUGCAACUUCAACUUUUUAGACUUUGGUUUUUGCAUGGAUAAAUUAGUGAGAAUUACAGGGGCUUGCAGGCAGAUUACUAUGUUACCACUGGACAGAGCUAAGCUAGCUGUUUUUCCAGUUACCAGUCUUAAUGCUAAGCUAAGCUACUCCACUACUUCUUAUAGGAGCAGUUCAACGUUUUGGGUAAUACAUUUAUGAGUUUUUGCAGUGUUAGAUGAUAUAUAACCAUGACACAAUUAGCCAAGGUUAACAGAAAGAACAUAACCUGUUGUAAAACCACAAUGUACGUUAUGUUUCAAGCCUUUAUGGUAAGCUAAGCUACUUUACUACUACUUAUAGGAGCAGUUUGACUUUUGGGAUGUAAACCUCCUUAUACUUUUCUUUACUUCCCGAAAGUUAGAUGAGAAGAUUGAUUGACUCUCAUGUCUGUGUGCUAAAUAUAAAGCUAGAGGCAGCAGACAGUUAGCGCUUAGCAUAAAGAACAGGACUUCCUGUAAAACCAUGUAGGCCAACUGUCAUUUUUGAAGUUCAGGUUUUACAUGAACAAGAUGUAACGUAUUAAGUUUAUUGUUCCCUUCAGACACAGACAAGCUUUUUCCUAGUUUCCAGUCUUUAUGCUGAGCUAAGCUAACCAUCUCCUGGUUUCAGCUAA